AUGGCCUCCCCCAAGGUAGUCGUCAUUGGCGCCACCGGUGCUCACGGCCAGGAAAUCAUCAAGGGCCUUUUGGAAUCCCCGACAAAAUUUAACACCCAAAAGGAAAUGGAGGAAGCCAUGGCCAAAUGCAAAGCCAAGCUCGACGCGGAUCCAAACGACCAAGAUGCCGAGUUCGAGUUGACCGUCAACCAGUACUUCUACUCCAUGGGCGUCCGCGGCGACAGCACCCCCGAGGUGGCCGACUACCUGGGCUACCUCGACAGCCGCCGCCUCUACCCGGACGUCAAGCCGUCCACGCUGCGGGAGUACUACCAGACGGUCCUUGACGGCAAGGAGGUCAACCCUUAUGGCAGUUCAUAG